AGCAAAUGUAACCUUUGACCUGUUGUUAAUUUGAUAGCAUCGAAGUUAAAUAGUAGGGUAACAAAAGCAUGCAACUAAACCUAGUGACUAAGACGACAUUUUAUAGAAAACUUUUAAGAACAUUUUUGUCACAAGGUUUUUCAUUGUCAAAGUCAAAUCUAACACUUGGUCACUUUCAUACAUCACUUCCUGUAAUGGCAGACACCUCAGAAGCUGGUAAAAUUGCAGCAGCCAACAAAGCAGUGGAUGAAAACAUCAAAGAGGGUCAGGUUGUGGGAAUAGGAAGUGGGACAACAAUUGUGUUUGCUGUGAAAAGAAUAGCAGAGAGAAACAAAGUUGAAAAUCUCAACCUAAUCUGCAUUCCAACCUCAUUCCAAGCUCGGCAGCUUAUCAAUGAUCACGGUCUAACUUUAGGCAGUCUUGAAACUUCCCCAGAUAUUGAUGUAGCCAUUGAUGGGGCAGAUGAAGUUGACAGUGACAUCAAUUUAAUCAAAGGUGGUGGGGGGUGUCUAAUGCAAGAAAAGAUUAUUGCUUCAUGUGCCAAGGAGUUGUUUAUCAUAGCUGACACUAGGAAAAACUCAGAAGUCCUUGGAACUUCCUGGAAGAAAGGGAUUCCCAUUGAAGUAUUACCAAUGGCAUAUCGGCCAGUGCAGUUAAAAAUUGCCCAACUUCUAGGAGGAAAGCCUUUGUUAAGAAUGGCUUCACAAAAAGCAGGUCCAGUUGUUACAGAUAAUGGCAACUUCCUGAUUGACUGGCAGUUUGAAGGAAAGCAUGAUUGGUAUGAUGUUGACAGGAUUCUUCAUAAUGUACCAGGUGUCAUAGAGACAGGUUUAUUUCUAAAUAUGACAAAAACUGUGUAUUUUGGAACACCUGAUGGACAAGUGAUUAUAAAAUCAAAAAAGAAUUAAUGCUCAAGUUCAGCAUCUUACAACUGCAUGAAAAACAUAUUGCUUUAUAACUGGAGGGAAUUUUUUUUAGUACUUUUCUUAAAGUAAAUCAGUUCUACAAUUUAAAAAAAAAGCCUAUUAGUACAUGAAGCAUCAAUCUAGACUUGUCCAGCAAGAAAUGACUAGGAUAAAGUGAACUCAGAAGCAUUAUUUCAGUUAUGCAAAUAUAAUGUCAGAUUGUCAGAUACAUUUUUGAACUCUAAGAAAAAAUGUUUCAUAGUACCGGUAUUGAAAUGCCAUCAAAAAAUAAGUUGAAAA